CUAUUAAACGCGGCACGUCUCCACUUGCACCACUUGACAACCACUCUCCACUCAAUCCAACCCAAAGAACAGACAAGCCAUGUCGUUCCGCAUCACCCCCGUCCUCCGCAACGUCGCGACCCGUCGUGUCAUCGUCGCCGGCCGCGCCGCCCCUCUCCUCCGCCGCGGCUACGCCGAGGAGGCUGCGCCCCCUCCCCCUCCUCCCCCCAAGAAGGAGGGCGGUGGCAGCGGCCUCUUCCUCGCCCUCGGUGCCGCCGCCGCUGCCGGUGCCGCGUACUACUUCUACACCCAGGACUCUGCCAAGCCCUCGGCCGCCUUUGUCCCCACCAAGGCCGACUACGAGAAGGUCUACAACGCCAUCACCGACAUCUUUGACAAGGAGGGCUACGAUGACGGCUCGCUCGCCCCCGUCAUCCUCCGUCUUGCCUGGCACGCCUCGGGCACCUACAACAAGGAGGACGGCACUGGUGGCUCCAACUACGCCACCAUGCGUUUCCCCAACGAGGCUGGCCACGGCGCCAACGCCGGUCUUUCGGUCGCCCGUGACGCCCUCGAGCCUAUCAAGAAGCAGUUCCCCUGGAUCUCGUACGGUGACCUCUGGACCCUUGCCGGUGUCGCCGCCGUCCAGGAGACUGGUGGCCCCGCCAUCCCCUGGCGCGCUGGCCGCAUCGACGGUGUCGAGGCCCACCAGACCCCCGACGGCCGUCUCCCCGACGCCGCCCAGGGCUCGAGCCACAUCCGCGACAUCUUUGGCCGCAUGGGCUUCAACGACCAGGAGAUGGUCGCCCUUAUCGGCGCCCACGCUCUCGGCCGCUGCCACUCUGACCGCUCGGGUUACGAGGGCCCCUGGACCUUCUCCCCCGUGACCUUCUCCAACGAGUUCUACAACCUCCUCCUCAACGACGCUUGGCAGUGGAAGAAGUGGAAGGGCCCUGCCCAGUACGAGGACAAGAAGACCAAGUCGCUCAUGAUGCUCCCCGCCGACAUGGCCGUUGUCCAGGACAAGGAGUUCAAGAAGUGGGCCCAGACUUACGCCAAGGACGAGCAGAAGUUCUUCGACGACUUCUCCAAAGCCUUCUCGACCAUGCUCGAGCUUGGUGUCCCCAAGGAGCAGUGGAAGUCUGAGCCCUACAAGGUUGGCCAGCCCGAGGCCGCCGCCGCCAAGUAAUGGUAGUAGAACUUUGGAAGCAGUGAUAUGUAUAACGGCAAAGAGCCUUUGGCAAGGA